AUGGCCACUGCUGUUGGAUCUGAGAAACUUAUUACCUUGAAGCUCACAGUAUUCAGAGAAGAAAGAAAAGUUAUCUUUGCCGAAGCAGGAAAGGACUUUGUGGAUGUUCUGUGCAGCUUCUUAACAAUGCCUUUAGGAACCAUCGCAAGACUUGUACGCAAGGGGUGUAAGUCGCAGCCACCUGAAAUUGCAUCACUCAUUUCGCUCUAUCAAAGUGUGGAGAAUCUCGACAAAGGGUGUUUUCCCACAGAUACGUGUAAGGAAAUGCUACUGCGUCCGAGAAACUCAGUGGAAGCUUAUUGCAGGAGUUUGAAGAUAAACAUUGACGACACAGAACCCACUCGGUAUUUUUGUUUACUAGCAAAUCCUAUUUCUACUGAAACAUCUGACUCUUUCGAUGGUUUUGUUCUGAGUAAUUCCAGUUUCAUGAUCACGGACGAUCUGAGAGUUUUUCCAAACUCAAUGAAUACAACUGUUAAUGUGCUACAGAAUAGUGGAAUAAGAAACGUGUCUUUUGUAAGCGAAAUGACAGUGAAUAUAACUAAGAAUCAGGUAGUGGAUCUGUUGAGACUUAGUUUGUGCUCAAAGACAGUUUUGACAGAUUUGUUCUUAGAAAAACUUCCCGGUGAGAGAUUACUGAAAAGGAAAAGAAUCGUUCUCUCUGAUUUUCAAGCAAGAGAUAGUGGUAAAAUCACAGUGAAGAUAAUGCAGAGAAAAUCUAAUAGAAAGAUAGUGUUUGCCGAAGGAAACGAGGAUUUUGCGGAUUUUCUUUUCAGUUUGCUGACUAUACCUUUAGGAGGUGCGGUACAUUUGACGAAAGGAUUUUGUUAUUUUGGUAGUGUUGAUGGAUUGUACAGGAGUGUUGUUGAUCUGGAUGACAAAUAUUGGAUCACAAAGGAAGUGAAAAAUAAGGUUGUUGCUCCUGUUCUUGCCGCACAGUUCAAAAGGGGUAAUUUGCUACCGCUAAUGUGCGACGUUGUCCCCAAUUAUUUUUGUUACGUUAACAUCGAAGAUCACUUUACUGAAAGAAUUAAAGUCUGCUAUUUAACUUCCACCCGUAAGAAAGUGAACCCCUUGGUAGAAAGUUGUGUGGCUUCGGUGUUUGUGGAUCCCUUGUCUGAUUCAAGUAACAACGUUAAAGGAUAUGCCAAAGGACCGACCAUGUAUAUGGCAACAGAUGAUUUGGUUGUGACUCCUUCCUCCUCCUUUUCUGUUAUGUCUUUGCUGAACAGUAUGGACAUCCCCGUUCAUGACUUAAAAGAGAAAGUAGUUAGCAUAGGCAAAGAGGAGGUUGUGCGCACCCUACAAGCUUUGUGCACUACAUCAGCCCUAUCAACAUUAAGUCUGAGCCACUUAACCAAAGUGAAGGAAGAGUGCUUAACAAAAGUGAAGGAGGAGUGCUGA